AUGGUCUUUGGUGCUGUGGAACUGACGGCUCGCAGUUCAAAGCCCAAUGCAAAAGACACAAUAGCCGAAUUAAACGAAGCUAUUGUAUCGUACCAAGAGUCUGCUGAUGGUACAAACUACAUACGCUGGGGACGGACCACUUGUCCUAGUACAGCAUUUCUGGUAUACGAAGGAUUCGUUGCUGGAGCUCACCAUUCUCAUAGCGGAACUGCCGUCAAUCCAUUGUGCCUGCCUAUGGACCCUAUCUAUGACAAAACUACUGAUGGUUUUCAAGAUGCUGGUAUCAUUUAUGGGGCUGAAUAUGAAACUAGCUCAUACAGUGCUUGGAACUAUCUCCAUGAUCAUGAUAUUCCAUGUGCAGUUUGUCGCAUUCCUCGUAAUAACGUCCUCAUGGUGCCUGGAAGAAACGAAUGUCACCGUAACUAUACCCUGGAAUAUAAAGGCUACCUGAUGUCAAGUUACAAGAAUCACCAAGCGUCUGAAUUCGUAUGUGUUGAUGAGCAACCGGAAAUAAUACCAGGUACACAUGAGAGUGAUAAUGGCAAACUAUUCUAUUUUGUAGAAGGGUCAUGUGGCUCACUACAAUGUGACCCAUAUAAACACGGCUGGGAGUUUACAUGCGCCGUGUGUUCGUUUUCAACCAGUUCUAGGCAUACGAGGUUACAGCCGUACAAUUGA